UUCAACAAUUUAAGGAUCCGAUCCUCUGCGCACGAAUCCCAGUAUAGGACUCAUAGACCUCACUCAAAACAUAGCGCGUAUUCUUUGCGCUAGUUCCCACGGAAGCUUGCAGCAGUUAGCAACAAUGGCGGAAGAAGAGGAAGAAGAUUACAUGGGAGACCUUUCUCAUUUCAUUCCUCCAGAAGCUUCUUCUAUUCCCCCUAAUCCCUCUUAUAAACCGGCAUCAAGAUCAAAUAAGCAUGUAGUUUCGAACUCUUCAAACAAGAAACGUAAGGUGUUAAAUUGGCAAGAACGCAAAAAGCUCAAGAGAGAGAAGAAGCAGAUUGAAGAGGACCAGAAAACUCUAGUUAACUUAGAGUCGGCAAUUCCUGAGACCAACAUUGGGUUCAAGAUGUUGAAACAAAUGGGAUAUACUCCUGGAUCAGCAUUAGGCAAGGAAGGCUCGGGUAUGUCUGAACCCGUGGGGCUGGAAAUCAGAAGGGGGCGUGCCGGGAUUGGGAAGGAAGAUGAUAAGGUAGAGAAGAUGAGGAGGGAAAUGGAGAAGGCCGACAGGGAUAGAAGGAGAGAAGUAGAGCUAAUGGAAACUUUUGAAUCUCACCUGAAGGAGCGAUGGAAGGAAAAGAGGAUCGUCAGCAAUUUUCACAAGGCUGAGGCAGUACUGGCUCAGUUAGAGAAUAGGGAGGUAGUAGAGGAGAAAAAGGAAGAAGAGGAUGAAGAAAAGGAAGAGGAAGAACUGAUCACUGAAGAGGAUUUGCUCAACACAUUGAUGAAACUGAGAGAUGAAUAUCAUUACUGUCUUUUUUGUGGAUGUCAGUAUGAGUCAACCGAGGCGCUGCUAUCUAACUGCCCCGGGGUAGCUGAGGAGGACCACUAAAUGCCAUCUCCCAAUUGGCCUCAGCAGCAAGACCUUAAAAAGAAAUUUAAAACCCUCCUAAACAUAUGGAAAAUUCCAGGGAUGAUAGGAGCAACAUCCAUUGCCCUAAUCAUGCAUCUCGGCAAACAAGAGCUCAGAAUGACAAUUGUUUUCGCACUUGACUGAUUCCUUUCAGGCGAAUGUGGAUUCUCAAGAGAGAGAAAUCAGAAUCCUCAGACAACAUUGGUGCAUCUCCCAUUGCAUGGAAUUGCAUUUGUUGAGCCAGGACCUUUAUAGCACGCUAUGGAUGGCAGCUGGAUAUCAAGAUGUGUUCAUGUAAUACAUAGCUGUUGAUUGAAGUUGUAGCUAUUCUUCAUAUGUUGAUUGCCUUGUAAUGUUAGCACUGUCAUAUUCGAUUGCUCCAAAGGUCGUAUAAGCUUAGCUUCCCAUGAAUUUUUUUUGUGGUACACCACACACUAUCUUGUCUGUUCAGCAGCAGUCUCCGCAUCAGCUGGGGUGAUCCUGGACUCAUACCGGGAUGGGGCUGUUAAAAAAAUUAAGGAGUGUACAAAAAUAUGAAGAGAGUGUUAUUGCUCAUAUUCCAAUUGUGCACCUCGCUUAUUCUGGCUCUUUGGUUUAGGAUGGAUCCAGACUCAACUGCUUGUAGUAUAAAUAUAAUGAUUAGUCAAUGUAAACUAAGAGAAGUA